CUCACUUGUGCUCUUCUCUUUCCAGACUCAUAAUUAUAAAUGUUAGUUUAGUCUUCUCAAUUGACUAAAGGACUAAAUUUCAAAAGCUCUAAUUGAUGCUACAGAGAAGCUGUUACUUGCCUGGUUUGGCUCCAUAAUGUUGAUGGAAGGAGGCGGUGGCCCCAUGGUCCCAACCAGUUCUGCGGUGCCUAACCGACCUGAUGGGGUGCAGGGUGGACUAGCUGCCGCUGGCAGUGGUGCGCAGCCCAGAGCAGCAGCAGACCCUGAGAAGCGCAAGCUCUUCCAGCAGCAUCUGGUGCUGCUCCUGCAUGCGCUCAAGUGCCGGCACAAGGAGCAGAGCAAUGGAGACGUCAGGCAGUGCAACCUGCCCCACUGCCAGACGAUGAAGAACGUCUUGUCGCACAUGUUGAUGUGUCAAGCUUUCAAGACGUGCCUCGUGCCACACUGCGCUUUGUCUCGUCAGAUCAUUUAUCACUGGAAGAAUUGUGGAUGUCUGGAAUGUCCGGUUUGUGAGCCUUUUAAGACUAUUGAUAAAAAUAAACAAAAUCCAAACAAUAAUAACAAUAUGGCUGCCAAUCAACAACAACAGCAGCAACAACAACAGCAACAACAGCAGCAACAACAGGUCCACCCUACAACAGGAGUGCAGGGUGGACCAGCUGCCGCUGGCGCCGGAACGCAGCCCAGAGCAGCAGCAGACCCUGAGAAGCGCAAGCUCUUCCAGCAGCAUCUGGUGCUGCUCCUGCAUGCGCUCAAGUGCCGGUGCAAGGAGCAGAGCAAUGGAGACGUCAGACAGUGCAACCUGCCCCACUGCCAGACGAUGAAGAACAUCUUGUCGCACAUGACAAUGUGUCAAGCUUUCAAGACGUGCCUCGUGCCACACUGCGCUUUGUCUCGUCAGAUCAUUUCUCACUGGAAGAAUUGUGCAUGUCUGGAAUGUCCGGUUUGUGAGCCUCUCAAGACACCUGAUGAAAAUAAACAAAAUCCAAACAAUAAUAACAAUAUUGCUGCCAAUGCUGCUGCUGCUCCGGGCAUGACUGGCCAUCAACAGCAGCAGCAGCAACAACAACAGCAGCAGCAGCAACAACAGCAGCAGCAACUUGGGCUGCAACUCAUCCACUCCCUGAGCCCUGGUCACCGCCAAACUCUGCCGGCAGGACAUCAACUCAAACUCAUGUCACCGAAUGCUACACCGAACAUGGUUGUGGGCGCUCCAAAGCUGCCCAACGUUUCCUCCUCUAUGGGCGCAAUGACUCCGAGCAUGGCGGAGUCUUGGUUGAAUUUGCCCAACCAUCCUGGGCAGCUCCCUGGCAGCAUGGUGGUGACGGCACGCCACUCAGAAGGCACCAAGGAGUGGCACCACAGCAUCACUAAUGAAUUGCGUAACCACUUUGUGCAGAAACUCGUGCAAGCCAUUCUGCCGAACCUGGAGCCCAUCACAAUGCAGGACCGAAGGAUGCAGAACCUGGUCAACUAUGCCAGAAAUGUCGAGGGCGACAUGUUCAAUGUGGCAAGCUCAAGGCCCGAAUACUACCAUCUUCUGGCUGAAAAGAUCUACAAGAUCGAGAAGGAACUCGAAGAGAAGCGCAUGCAGCGCCGUCAGUUUCCUCGAGAAGGCCAGCCUGCCAUUGAUGGAACCGCUGCUCCUCCGCCCCAGUCCAUGAUGGGUCCUGUGAACGCUGUUGCCGUGGGCCCACACUCAGGAGGGCCCUUCCCUGCUUCCUCGGGCCUCAGCCCGUUCGGCCACCCCGCGAUAUCACAGCAGCAACAACAACAGUGUGUCAGACCCAUGGGUUCUGUCAUGGUGAAGUCCAUGAACGCUUGGGGUGCUCCCGGUAAUCACUCUUUCGCCGUUUAUGUUCCUCCAUGCUCGUUGAAGGGUCCAUCUUGCACGUCCAGCUUCCCUGGAGGUGUAAGCACCAUGGCUCCCUCUGUGAACAACUCCCUCAGACCGCAGCUUGCGCCUCUACCUUACAUUUCAACCGCCAUGAAUGUCCCCAACAUCCCAAUUUCUGCUCCUCUAAAAGUUGCUGCGUGCAGCGGAGGUGACAUCUCGAACACUUCGCUGUCACACAUCUCUCAAGCUCCUAAUAUAGUCGCUUCCUCUAGCCCUGCUGUUACCUACAGCAGGAACUUGAGCCUCCAGUCUUCCUCGCCAUGUACCUCCACAAUGACAAGCUCUUCUUCUGUCCUUGCUGCCACUAGCGGAUCAGCUACUCUUCCUGAUGACAAAAGUGAAGUCAUGAACUUCAUCAAGCAAGAGCCUAUGGAUAUGGACGUCAAGAAGGAGCUCUCGUCACCUGAGGGCGCUGAUGUCAAAGUAAAGAUGGAGAUCAAGACAGAAGUUAAAGAUGAGCCGACUUCACCUGAGAGCGACUUUCAAAGCAUGUUGAUGACCUCUGAUGCUCCAUACAUCUAAUGCAAGUGUGCUCUGGUUCGUGAUAUAAGCGAUAGUAACUUAACAUCACAACAUGUUUUUUGGGAACCCAGUGAUUGAAUCAAAAUCCGUUCCUAGCAGCUCAAAAUAAUAUGUUGAGUUGCAGAUUACUAAGCUUGAUUUCCAGACAUGUGUAGUUUUUUUAUAGUUCGAAUAAAAGAAAUUUUAGGUACAGGUAUACAUCCAUCAUGCAUAUUGUCCAGCGCUCUUUUGCGCCCGUGCAGCUGUUCUUGCUGUCCUGUUUGCUCUGUCCAUUUGAUCUUGGGCUGAUUUGAUGUCAAACGGUUUGACCAUAGGCUGAUUUAAUGCCAGGCGCUUUGAUCGUGGGCUAGUCGUUCCGAUUCGGUGGAUGGAUGUUGGCGACUCUCUGGUGUGGUGAACUGAUGCUGUCAGCAGGUGCUUUCGAUUUCAUGACUAUUUGUAUUGAACUUCACUCAUGCUUCUAGAUUAGAAUAUCUAAGAUUUUUCCUGCUUCAGGAAUUCAUGUCUAAAUGUAGACGAGCAAAAUAUUGGUGUGUAGUUUGCGAGCGUAAUUGGUGUGUACAUCAUAAUAGUUCAUAGUUUUACAUUAGCUGCAAAUUCAGUGAGGCUGUGAUUUCUCAGUUAAGGAUUUAAAUUUGACUGGAGAUUCGCAAAUCUCUUCUGACGAGUUAAAUGUGUCUGUCUCUCUCGUGCGGGCGGCCGACGUCCCGUGUAAGCGACCUCUUGU